UUGUAGAUGGCUGAUCGGCCCAGGAGACAACAUUACAUGCAGGAGCAGUCAAGGGCCAAGUGGACAACAUCCCUUACUAAGACGCUUGUAGACUUAAUGGUUGAGCAGGCUCUGAAAGGGAGUAGGACUAAUAAUUCAUUCGGGAAGAAAGCAUGGAAGAACAUGUGUGAUGAAUUCUGUAAGAGAACAGGUCUUAAUUGGGGUAAGGAACAAUUGAAGAAUCGGUAUGGUGUUCUUAGGAGGCAAUAUAUUACUGUGAAGUCACUUCUCUAUCAAGGUGGUUUUAGUUGGAAUGAAUCCACCCAAAUUAUAACAGCCACAGAUGAAGUGUGGGAUAAAUACAUUCAGGCACACCCUGAUGCUGAGGCAAUUCGAAGCAAUGGUUGCCCAAUUUACAAACAGCUUUGCACAGUGUUCUCUGAUUCAGGGUCUAAUGGGAAUCAUCAUGCUGAGAGUGAGAUGAAUGAAGGGAUUCCUAGAUUGCUAUGUAUAGAAACUCCGACCAUGUCCAUGGAUCCUGGUGCACCAUCAAAUGUUGCAGCCGAUGAGUCUUCCUCACCCAUUGAAGAUGAAGAUAUAAAUAUAUCAAAUGGACAACACAAACAUGAAUCAAUGACGCCACCCAGUUCAGGUCAUCAACAGAAAAGAAGCCGCAGGGGAAUUGAAAGUGUAAUGGCUGAAGCUAUAAUAGAUAUGGCUGCUGCCUCAAGGUGGAGGACAGCUACAGUGACGCAGAGCACCGACUGUUUUUCUAUAACCAAUUGCAUCAAAGCAUUAGAUGAGAUGGAAGGACUUGAAGAGCGAAUCUAUUUUGCUGCUUUGGAUUUAUUUGAUAGUUCCACCGCUAGAGAAAUAUUCUUGUCUCUCAGAAGUGACAGACGAUUGACAUGGCUGAAGAGCAAGUGCUGUGGUCACAGGGUGAUGGAGGACUGAGCUUCUGCUGAACUGUAU